GGGGCGGGGGGGGGGGGGCAGUCCUACCUCUUUAAAUCUGCUUUGAGAUCAAAUAGCCAAUCAUAGAGUGCUGAGGGCAGAGACAAAAUUUCAUUAUAUAGUGUCAACCCACCAAGCACUUGUGUCCAAGAUGCUCCUCUUGCUCAGUGUGGCUGCUGCCAUUCUAUCUGCGGGCUCCUCCAGGGAGUUGAACCGGACCUCCGGGCUGAUGGCGGAAGGCAUAGAAGCGUGCUCAGCCUGCGAAUUCCGCGAGCACAGCAAGCAGAUGAGGCUGUACAGCAUCAAGUCGCAGAUCCUCAGCAUCCUACGGCUGGAGCAGGCACCCAACAUUAGCCGGGAUAUGAUCCGCCAGCUGCUGCCCAAAGCGCCGCCUCUUACGCAGCUCCUGGAUCAGUACGACCCGCGGGUGGAAGAUGAGGAGCACGCUACCACGGAGACCAUCAUCACCAUGGCAACCAAGUACUCCAUCGCAACGGGAAGGCUGUCCUAUUGCCUGUUCAGCCUCAGUCCAAAGAUCCACACAGAGAACAUUCUGAGCGCUCAGCUGUGGGUUCAUCUGCGGCCAGUCCAUAUGGUCACAACCGUCUUCCUGCAGAUCUCACGACUGAAACCCGACAGGGAGGGAAACAACACCCGGGUCAGAGUGCGCUCUUUAAAGGUGGACACCGAUGCUGGCGCCGGUUCUUGGCAGAGCAUGGACAUCAAGUCUCUGCUGCAGGCGUGGCUGCGUCAGCCAGAUAGCAACUACGCUAUCGACAUCAAUGCUUUCGACCCUCAAGGAGAAGACCUGGCAGUCACGUCAGCAGAGCCUGGAGAGGAAGGCCUGCAACCUUUCAUUGAAGUCAAAAUCCUGGACAGUCCAAAGCGAUCCCGUCGUGACUCGGGUCUAAACUGCGACGAAGAGUCAGCGGAGACGCGCUGCUGCCGUUACCCGCUCACUGUGGACUUUGAGGAGUUCGGCUGGGACUGGAUCAUCGCACCCAAGCGCUAUCGAGCUAACUACUGCUCGGGAGAGUGCGAGUUCUUGCACCUGCAGCAGUACCCGCACGCGCACCUGGUCAACAAGGCCAACCCACGCGGCACGGCGGGACCCUGCUGCACGCCCACAAAGAUGUCGCCCAUUAACAUGCUCUACUUUAACCGCAAGGAGCAGAUCAUCUACGGAAAGAUCCCGUCUAUGGUGGUGGACCACUGCGGUUGCUCCUGAUGCACUGAUGGAUUUCAAGCACCUUCAACGAUUUGUAACGUCAGCAGAGUACUGUGCUGGAUGAUUGGACAGCGCUACCUUGACUUAAUGAGGAUUUUUCUUUUUAGUUAGGGGGGGGGACACCGCUUCAUAAUUUUUUUGCUUUAUGAAACUAGAUCUGACCGAGUAAAAUUGAAAAAGGGUACACUCGGAUCUGCCCUCCUUCUGCAUUGUGUUGCUAACCUGCUAGCUCUAACAGCUCAGGAGCUAGCCACGAUUUUGUAAAAACAAACUAGUGAUCCAAGAAAGAGUAAAAUUCUGACUGACAUGCUUUCAUGGUGAUCAAGCCAAAUCCACGUAAGCUUCAAUAAGGCACACCGUGACUUUUGGCGUACAGUAAAUGCACUUCAAGCUGGAGUUGCUAGCAAGAAUUGAACGUAACCUCACUUCAGUUCACUGACGUACGUAAAUGGCAGCACGUCAAUGCUGCUCUAUUGCUCGCAUGACUUGUUGAUGAUGGAAUGUGGCCAAAAAUUAAGUGUCUGGUGUUGUAUUUUUUUCUGGGGGGGGGGUUAAAAACAAGCAAUGAACUCAUAUCAGCGAGCUUAUCAACUUACUUGACCUGAUUAAAGCUGUCACUUGGGUAACUUCGCUUGCAGUCGUAUGCGGCCGUCCAUAUGUUAAGACAUAAAGCGUUGUUGUUAUUGUUGUACCACAGCAAACGCUAUCUUUAAUAAAACCGGUUUAUUUCUUUAUACAGCCUACACAAUUUUUUUCAUAAUUAAAACACAAAAAAAUUUGUUAUUUGAGGGAACUGGAACAAUAGGGAACAAUGAUUAGCUAGGAGCAUGGUCACGAAACAAUGUAAACUCAUAAGUCAAGGUAACACUGUAUUUGGUUUGAUCCAAAGAUGCGAGAUGUGUGGGCCGCCCUGCUGCUUUCUGUCUGGUUUGAGUUUUGGCCCAAAAAAAAAGCCUGCAGGAUGUCAAGCAUGUGCCUUUAUUUGAUCAACAAUGAACCGAGUGCUCUUUCCCCCUUGCUUGCAAAACAAAUGCUAAGAAUCAAACGCCAUUAAUUUAUCAAGAAACUUAGGGAGGCUGUGUAUAAUUUGUAACCACUUUAUAGAUAUACUUGAGCGAGCAAUAGUUUUCAUAUUCAUCCAAACACAAAAAA